CUCAGAAUGAACUCAUCCUUUAUGAACACUACUCCUAGUACCUAAGUGGCAUAGCUGACAAAGCGUGUGGGACCUCAAAAUUUACCUAAAAUGAUUACCAUCACUACCCUCCUUUACCAUUUUACUGCUCAUUACAAUACAUCCAAUCUUUUUAGUUCACCAAACAAUCCCUAACCCCACACGCCAAGCACCAAACUCUGCAUUCUCUUCUUCCUUCCCCUCAGUUUUCUGCAGAUCGAUCCAUGGCGGAGACCGAUAAUUCCGAUGAAUCCCAAACUGAAUACUCAUCCACGGUUCUUCUGCGAGUGAUGAGCAAGAGAAGGACAUGGGUUUUCCUCUUCCUCUUCGUCUACACCCUCCUCCUCUCCAUUUCCUGGAACUUCCUCAAAUCCGUCCUCUCCUGGUACGAAUCCGCCAUGUCCGGCGCCUCAUCGGGGCCGGGGUGGCCGGCACUCUACGCAUCCGUCGUCUUGGGGGUGGCGUUCGGGGUUCUGUCCACGGUGGCGGCGCUCGCCGUCGUCGUCCCGGCCACUCUGGUCACGUGGAUCACGGUCCUGGUUUUGCUUGCUUUCUGCGGGAAGCCCAGGAGAGCUCUGGUGACGGAGGGCAAGAAGCUGACCGCUGACAUCACUCGGUUCGUCGUCAAGGUUUUGAUCAAGGAGGGGAACAUCGUCGCAGCCCUCUGCGCCCUCGUCGGAUACUUCGCCCUUGUCCGCCGGAGUAGGGACGGCGGCGGCGGCCCUGAUUUUUAGUCUCUUGAGCUUUGACGGGUCCAAUCCAAGGGACCAAUGUGAGAAUUGUCGAAGUAUUUUAGGGGCGAUUUGGUCCUUUCCACGGAAUUGCAGCUUCGUUUGAAAGAAACCUUACCUUUUUUUUUUCUCCUCCGUAGAAUCCGUAUUUGUUUAAUUGUUUGAUUUUCUUCUGUCGUUUUUGGACAGCUAACAGUAUUUAUUUAGUUUUGGAUGUACGGUGUACCAUAUCUGCUUGUAAUAUUCUGAUCGCAAUUUGUAACCCCUUUU